UUUUGCCACACUUGGAUCUAGCACCAGAAGUGGGGGGGGCCCGCCCCUACUUUCUGAUGGGAUCCAGCUGUUGUGCGGGGGGGAGACUGGAUCCUUUUGGGGGCGUAAGUGUGCAUUGCUAAAUCGUCUUGGUCCAUUACGGAGGAAAAGGGUCUUUCCUGUUCAGCAACCUGGACCGGGGGACUGACAUCCUGGUGCGGUGGUCUGAGGGGGGUGGAGGGAGUUCCACCACUGGACUUGAAGGAGCAUUUUUAAGGGUCGUCGAAGGAGCUGCAAAGGAAAAGCAGAGACAUGUUUUGUGACAAGCGUUCCUCCAAGCUGUCCUCCUCUGCAAGGAUGUUGGCAGCUCUGCUAUUUAUUCUGCUGGGGAUCCACGCAGCACACGGACAGCAGACGUGCACAGACGGCUUCACGUUCGAGCGCAGGACGAGACAGUGCAUAGAUGUGGACGAGUGUCGCACGCUGCCCGACGCCUGCAGGGGGGACAUGCGCUGCGUCAACCAGAACGGGGGCUACCUGUGCCUCCCCCGGGGGCUCUACAACCAGCCUUUCAGGCCAGACCCCCCCCAGGUGCCGCAGGUGCCCGCGUCAGCCGGUCAGAGCGAGAGCUUCCAGCCCGCCCCCCCGCAAAGGUCUGCGGAGCCCAGUUACCCCCAGGUGAGCUACCCGGUACCGUGCAUCCUGGGAUACACGCUGGCGGACGACGGCACCUGCAACGACAUCGACGAGUGCGAGACCAACUCCCACCACUGUAACCCCACCCAGGUGUGCAUCAACACAGCGGGGGGCUACACCUGUUCUUGCACUGAAGGCUUCUGGCUGAUUGGGGGUCAGUGUCAAGAUAUUGACGAGUGUCGCUAUGGUUACUGCGAGCAGCUUUGCGCCAACGUGCCCGGCUCGUAUUCCUGCUCGUGCAACGCGGGGUUCACGCUCAACCCUGACAACAGGAGCUGCCAAGACGUGAAUGAGUGCGAGGACGAGCCGUGCAGUCACACCUGCUUCAACAACCACGGCUCCUUCAUGUGCAACUGUGACGAGGGCUUCGAGCUGGCGGCGGACGGAACCUCCUGCAUCGACGUGGACGAGUGCAGCUUCUCGGAGUUUCUGUGCCAGCACCGAUGCGUCAACGCGCCGGGGUCCUUCUCCUGCAUCUGCCCGCCCGGUUACUACGUGUACGAGGACGGCAGGAGCUGCGAAGACGUCAAUGAAUGCGAGACCGGUAACAACACCUGUACGACAGAACGAGUCUGUUUCAAUUUCCAGGGAGGCCACACGUGCCUGGCUCCGUUGCAGUGUGCGCCUCCUUACGUUGAAGUAGGAGACAACCAGUGCAUGUGCACCACUGGCAACCCUGCGUGCAGGGACCAGCCCUUCACCAUCCUCUACCGACACAUGGACUUGUCGUCCGGACGCAGCGUGCCCGCCGACAUCUUCCAGAUGCAGGCAACCACGCGCUACCCGGGCGCCUUCUACAUCUUCCAGAUCAAGUCUGGCAACGAGGGACAAGAGUUUUAUAUGAGGCAAACCAGCAACAUGAGCGCCACGCUGGUCCUGUCGCGGCCCAUCAAGGGUCCCAGAGAGGUGGUCCUGGACCUGGAGAUGGUCACGGUCAACAACGUCAUCAAUUUCCGCGGGAGCUCCAUCAUUCGCCUGACCGUAUACGUGUCGGAGCAUCCCUUCUGACGCGUCCACGGCCUUCACGACCGUUUUUGACAUCAUUACAUCUGAAUGGAACGCACCCCGCCCUGCUUUAAUGGACUCUGAGCUUUUAAGGCAGUAAUAUGGACGCUUUGGCGGGAUGCGCGUGGUGUACAAUUUCUGGCAUGACCGUAUGCCGUCGUAUUCUCAGCACCGCCUCAGAUGAGCUGUGAGCGCGACUUUUAUUGUAUCGCCAUCAGUCACAAUAAACGUCUGUAUGAGCAGCAGGCGCUGAAGCCGCUGGAGCUCCUUUUUCUUUGCUUUGCUUUUUACGUCAGUGGCCGUGAUGGAGGAGCUGGUGACAUCAGCCAAGUGCAGAAGCAACUCAAACCCAGCAUCAGUCCAGGAACUACACAUGCCCUGUUGACCUUUUAAAACGCCUUAUUGCCGAUAGUCUACGUGUCAAUCAUUUCACACAAUAGCGAGCAUUGGUCGGUCUACAUGUCAAUUGUACACAGCAGCAGUCAUUGGUCAGUCCACGUCACAUCACAGUACACACAACAGCAGCCAUUUGUCAGACUCCAUGUCAAUUAAACACAGCAAGUCAGUGGUCAGUCUGCCUGUCAAUUGUCAAUCACUGCCGUCAUUAGACAUAACAGCAGGCAUUGGUCAGUUUACAUGCCAGCCGAACAGCAGCAGUCACUGAGCAGUCGACCUGUCCAUCAUUACACAUGACAGUAGUCAAUGGUCAGUCUACAUGUCACUCAUUACGCGCAGCAGCAGUCAUUGUUCAGUCUGCAUGUCAGUUAUACACAGCAAGUCAUUGUUCAAUCUACAUGUCAGUCAUUACACACAGCAGUAGUCAUUGGGCAGUCUACAUGCCAAUCAUUACACAUGACAGCAGUCUCCAGUCAGUCUCCCUGUCAUUCACUACACAUGGCAACAGUCACUGGUCAGUCUAUAGGUCUAUUUGACAGUCAUUGGUCAGUUUACAUGCCAGUCGUAAAACAGCAGCAGUAAUUGGGCAGUAUACCUGUCCAUCAUAACACAUGACAUCAGUCAUUGGUCAGUCUGCACACCAGUCACUACACGCAACAGCAGUCGUUGAUCAGUCUACAUCUCAGCCAGAAUACAAAGAAGCAGUCAUUGGUCAGUCUACACACCAGUCAUUACACGCAACAUCAGUCAUUGGUCAGUCUACAUGUCAGCUAUAACACAAAGAAGUAGUCAUUGGUUAGUCUACAUGUCAGUCAUUGACACAAUCAUUUGACUUAGUCAUUGGUCAGUCUACAUGUCAGCAUAACACAAAGAAGCAGUCAUUGGUCAGUCUACAUGUCAGUCAUUACAACAGCAGUCAUUGAUUAGUCUACAUGUCAGCAUAACACAAAGAAGUAGUCAUUGGUCAGUCUACAUGUCAGUCAUUACAACAGCAGUCAUUGGUCAGUCUACAUGUCAGCAUAACACAAAGAAGCAGUCAUUGGUCAGUCUACAUGUCAGUCAUUACAACAGCAGUCAUUGAUUAGUCUACAUGUCAGCAUAACACAAAGAAGUAGUCAUUGGUCAGUCUACAUGUCAGUCAUUACAACAGCAGUCAUUGGUCAGUCUACAUGUCAGCAUAACACAAAGAAGCAGUCAUUGGUCAGUCUACAUGUCAGCAUAACACAAAGAAGCAGUCAUUGGUCAGUCUACAUGCCAGUCAUUGACACAAUCAUUUGACUUAGUCAUUGUUCAGUCUACAUGUCCAUAUGAACUAUAUCCUGAAUCAUAAUCAUAACGCCACAGAAGACAAAAGUCAUUGCAUGAAAGCAUGUGUCAGCACUUUUUAGGUGACUUCUAUUUUUAGUGCAUGAAGAAUGUCAAAUAGGUCGUUCUGGGUCAUGUUCCAUUAGCGUGGUAUGCGAUUACUAUCAUCUUCGCAUACUUCAACGUUUCCCGU